ACUAAAAGUUUCAUUUUUCUUUUUGUUUUCUCCAAAUAAAAAACUCUCCUCUCCACAUUUUUCUUUUAUAAAUUAACUUUAUAAACGAAAAAUGACUUCGCAUUGUGAAGAGAUCGAAGACGAACAAAUAUCAAGAAUUGAGAAAGGCAAUGGCAAAGAUAGCCAAAGAGGAAUCGAGACGGCCAUAUGUACUUCUCCUAGCAUUGUUUGCCUUACACAAAAGUUGAUAGCAGAGAUGAUUGGGACGUAUUUUAUAAUAUUCUCUGGAUGUGGAGUGGUGGUAGUGAAUGUCUUGUAUGGAGGAACGAUAACGUUUCCAGGGAUAUGUGUGACUUGGGGUCUCAUUGUUAUGGUCAUGAUUUACUCUACCGGUCACAUUUCCGGUGCACAUUUUAACCCGGCCGUCACUGUCACUUUCGCUGUUUUCCGGCGGUUUCCUUGGUUUCAGGUACCAUUGUAUAUAGGUGCACAACUUACGGGAUCGUUACUAGCGAGUUUGACAUUGAGACUAAUGUUCAAUGUGACACCCAAAGCUUUCUUUGGAACAACUCCGACUGAUUCAUCGGGACAAGCACUCGUUGCAGAGAUCAUUAUCUCAUUUCUCCUAAUGUUUGUUAUCUCCGGCGUUGCCACCGAUAGUCGUGCGACCGGAGAAUUAGCUGGAAUUGCGGUGGGGAUGACUAUAAUUUUGAACGUCUUUGUAGCCGGACCUAUAUCGGGAGCAUCAAUGAAUCCAGCAAGAAGUCUUGGACCAGCAAUAGUGAUGGGAAGAUAUAAAGGAAUUUGGGUUUACAUUGUUGGUCCCUUUGUCGGAAUUUUCGCCGGAGAAAGCAAGAUUCAUCAAGUAGAUGCACUGGAGAAGAAUGAAAAAGUUGAUGUCAUGGAGGGUCAAAAAGAUGUCAUGGGCUGGUUAGAAUCGGUUCUCAUGAACAUGAUCAAGUAUCAACAAAAACCAGAACUCGUUCCUGCUCGCAUGAAUGCUCCUCAUGUUUGUCUCGGAGAAAAAUCUCUACCAAUCGAAUUGGACAACGACUUUGAAGAAGAUGAAGAAGACUAUAAAGAGAUAUAUACGUUCUUGAAUAUGUAAUGGUUAUGGAUAAUGAUCAACUUCCUCUCUACUCCACCAAAUGAAAGAUCAGUUUAAUC